GACGUUUCUACAAAGUUAAGAGCGGUUACAAGAUGAAGGCUGUAAGUGUUAACGUAAUCGGAAAGGUUUUGCUACCUAAAACAGUUAGUAACGUCAACGAUUAAUAUUUAUGAUUGCAAGUGAAAUAGUGGAUGUGCAAGUUAGAAAUAUAUAUAGCUUUUAGUCUAUAACAGUUACUGUGUUAACUUUUCAAUUAUCUUGUAAGUUGAAUAAUUUAUAUAACUAUAAGUGCCAAUGAUAGCUAGGAAAAAGAUCUACUUCUUCCAUGUUAACUUUUUCUCUGUUACAAGAAGCUUAACUAACAAACUUAAAACACCUGUACUUUGCAUAUUUUGCAAAUUAUUUUCUGGAAUUUCUUAUCAGGAACCGUUUUGUAACACCAACAGUAACAGUAUACACAAUGUAAAUGUGUGUCCGAAUUCACAAACAGAAUGUUGUGUGCACAAUGUGUGUAUAUAUGUCACGUUUUGGUGUUAAAAAGAGUAAUAACUAUAUGAAACCUUAGAUAAGUUCGUACAGUUUUUGUUUUAUAAAUUUAUUGUUUGCUAUAGCUGAUUUGUGUGUGUGUGUGUAUAUAUAUCUAUAUAUAUAUAAUUUAAUAUAAAACAUUAGGAUUGUUUACCAUUUACAAGAAAUUAAAUAAUUUUGAUGUCCAUGGAUUUAACAUUAAUAGUGUUGUAUUGACUCCCAUCAGUAGUUUAAAUUAUUAACACAAAAACUUGUUCUUAAUUACUUGGAUAGAUAUAUUUACACAUGUACUGGUAAAAAAUGAGUAACUUUAAUGGAGAAGAUCGUUUUAGUCCAUUAUUUCGCAGAAGGCCAAUGGUUGGAAAAAUUGGCCACAGAACUAGCUUUUCUUUGGACUUGCCAGUUGAUCUACAGUCCACUGCUUAUCCUUCUUUUGCCACUGCAUCACCUAUGGAAAUGACUUUGUCUAGAGAUGCCAAUAGAUAUUAUCUCUAUCUACCAAGAAAUCUCUCUUACUGUCAACUGUGUGCAGAUGUCAUAAGACAGCAUGUUCAAAAGAAAGUUCAACUUCUGAGUGCCAAAAUUAAUCAACUUGAAAACCUGCCAGAUGACUCUGGAUGUUCAUCACCAGAGUCCUGUGGGUUGUGGCUUGGAGAUUCACACACACCCUCAUCCUUCCCCGGCACUUCGGCGGAGUGGACAGAUGGCCAAAGCUCUACCCUAAAGACCCAUCAACGUCGUUCCUCUAUAUUACGAAAGACUAAGCGAGCUAAAUCUUACCCACCGCCCCCUCAAAAACGGGAAGGGCGAAAAGUAGUGCGUUUUGCUGACUCUUUAGGAUUGGACCUUGAGAGUGUUCGCUAUAUGAUGAAGAGCGACCUUCCGCCCUCUAUCCCAUUGUCAGCCUUUUCCGAUUUGAGGCGCUCCCAAGUGUCUUCCUAUGACAUCGAGCUUGUUCCAAGCUUUAUUAUGCCUUCGUUCUCUUCCAAUUUUACAGACCGCGUGCGUGACCUUGCCGUCAGUCUUCACAGUGUUUCUACCGCCAACACAACGGUUUACGGUAUCGUUGCAGUGCUGAACUUGACCUUCCAUAAGAACAUCUUCAUACGCUACUCAGUAGAUAACUGGAACAGUCACCACGACACCAGCACUACCUACAUUCAAGGGUCUUCCGAGGGUGACAUAGACAAGUUCUCUUUUAACAUCUUUGUUUCUCCUCAGGAUCUGUCGACUCGCAAUCAUAGCCUUGAUUUUGCUGUUUGUUACCAGACGCAGGAUGGUAAGGAAUUCUGGGAUAACAACAACGGCUUGAACUACAGAUUAAAGUGCGAAACUAAGGGCCCGUCUUUUGUCUCGAAUAUCGAUCAUAGCUGGAUACAUUUUCUCUGAAUUCCCGUGUUGUUUUUCUUUUUUUGCAAAUGCUCAAAUUUUAUACAAUUUACGUUAAAAGAGGCAAAUAAAGUGACUAACACUUGUGAAUUGCUUGUAGAAUAUAUAUCAGAAUGGAAAAUCGUUUUGAAAUGUGUUGUUUUGGCCAGUAAAAGAUAUUGUCACACCCCUCUUUGUACAAUGCACCGAUUGCUGCGUGAUGUUUCCUACUAUUCGGUUGUAUGCAAAUCUAUAACUUGUUACUAUUUAGAAAGUAAGAAUAUCACAAUCUUAUUGCAAAUAAAUAUUUUAUUUACAAAAAAUUAAAUAAAAGAUCAUGUAUCAAUCUGUGUGGGAAUGUCACUUUUCCUAAAAGAUCAUGUAUCAAUCUGUGUGGGAAUGUCACCUUUCCCGAUUUGAAUGGAACAUUAGAUUUCCAUCAUGUUUUCAAAGCUAACAUAAUUUCAAAUGUGCCUUUGAAUAUUUAGUGAUUUGAAGAUUAGCCAAGAAAAUAUUGUUAAUUACACAAACAACGAUAAAAUUUCAAGUGUAGUGAAGUAUUUAUAAUUAGUAAUGUGUAGGAAUUUAAUAAAUGAAAUAGCCAAGUUACACGUUUUGCAUUCCCUACUGCUUUUACUAAAUAAAAAAAAUUCCUUUUAAAAUAUUUUUAGAACGUUUUUAAAUCGAAU